GAGAGCUGUCAUUUGUCAGCGUCGCACUUCGGCUCCUCCUCUCGCGUCUAAUCUCGUAAAUUCUCGCGAGGAGGGCUCUGUGGCCUGAGAGCCCAUUUGAAACCGAGAUAAAGGCACCGGGGACUUAACGACUGCGGCGGGUUAGUCGAAUAGGUUAGCGAGUGAGGGUUUGUUCACUUUCAGGCUUCUUCAACGCGCCGCCGCUGGCACCAUCUGCUGAUAUGCAGUAUGAUGAGGAGGAGGAUGAAAUCCCCCAGAUUUGUGGCAAGAGGCAUGCUGGAUUGUAAUCAGCCAAGAUAUUUGCUGAAGUUUGAACAACUUUACCUCUCCAAGCCCAUAAGAGAUGGUGCUGCUUCACCAGUGUUGCCACGUGAAGCCAGAUUAAGAAAUCUCACAAAGUCAUUAAAGAAGGUAAAGAACAACUUCAGAUGCAGCAUCAGAAAACUUUUAUUGGUCAAGUUCCAGUUAUGUUGCAUUCAAUUUACUGUCUACUAAAUGGCUUAGCAGAUCAUGAUCUUUGUGAGUUAAAUGGAUGCCUCUUGGAUCCUGAUGGCUACUUUAUUAUUAAUGGAUCAGAAAAGGUUCUGAUUGCUCAAGAGAAAAUGGCAACAAACACAACCUUUGUGUUUGCCAAAAAGGAUUCUAAUUAUGCCUACACAGGAGAGUGUAGAUCAUGUCUGGAGAAUUCUUUUGACCCACUAUCUGGGUUAGCAUACUGGCAAGAGGAGGACAGUUCAUCUGUUGAUGGAAACAGGUUACUUCCAUGUCUUGGCUAUUACCAUAAAAGACCCAGAAUUGCCAAAGAAAUCCUGAGGAAACAGAAAAAGCUGGAGGCAUAGCCCUCCCAGACUUCAGACAAUACUACAAAGCUACAGUAAUCAAAACAGUGUCGUAUUGGCCCCAAAACAGACAUAUGGAUCAAUGGAAGAGAAUACAGAGCCCAGAAAUAAACCCACACACCUAUGGUCAACUGCUCUUUGACAAAGCAGCAAGCAUAUAUAAUGGAGAAAAGAUGGUCUUUUCAGCAAGUGGUGUUGGGAAAGCUGAACAGCUGCAUGUAAAUCAAUGAAGUUAGAAGAAAUCCUCA